AUGGACUGGAAAGGACUCGUCCUCGUCCGCCCCCCGAAGCUGUUGAGAUCAACAGGACUGGGCUGGUUUAUGUCUUUUUUUUUGCGUCAACGUGGCCAGGAUCAGUUGUACCGUGUAGAAAACCUCUUCCGUCGCACGCUUUUGGAUGGCCUCGCAGACUUUCCUUCCAUGGUCCUAAUUGCCCUACAGCCUGGAGACGCGUACUUGGGGAAAAGGGGAACACGCUGGCCGGAUUCGGGCUUCGUCGGUGCUUCUCGAAGAAGCGAAAUGAGUACUACAUCCGAUUCUUCUGUCAGCGACAUCCGACGAACCCGACUGAGCGGCCGGUAUAUCGGCAAGCCGGAACAGCGAAAUACCGAUGGCGGUAUGAUCUUUGAUCUGAGCUUCUCAAGUCCUGGAAAGGGGGGUCCUGCAGUUGCCCAUGUUCGAUGCCGACUCACUUACUCACUUCGUUUCGCAGAUCCGGAAUCUUCGUGUGGUGAAUGCCCCGCUAUCGAGCCGACAUGUACAUGUGUUAAUGAAGAUUCGAUUCUAUUCUCAAGUCACCAGAAAGAGUACCUGCGUUGCCCCGAAAACGUCAAGACGACGGGCUUGCAAACCUCCCGCACGCUGGAAGGAAAAAGCUAUACAUGA